CUUUGUUUCAUGCACGGUUCCACCUCCCUUCGACUUUGAGUCAGGUUUCAACUUUCAACUCAGAGUUGAGGUCGUAGGGUUGGGGAAAGUAUGGAUGUUAGUAUUGGUAAUGGGAAUCCUUCAACGGAGGAUGUUCAUUUAGGGCAGGGUUUGUCCGAGGGGCUGUCUGGUGUCAAGUUGAGUCGUGGACAGAAGAGGAAAUUGAGGAAAUUGAGGAAAAGGAGGAUGCUUGAAGGUUUGGAGAAUAGUCAUACAGAUGGCGGGGAUGAGAUGGUGUUGGAGAAUGUUUCAUCAAUGAGGGAUUCUCCGGGAGGGCAUGUAGAGUCUGUUGUGAAAUUGAGUUCAGAGCCUGGGUUGAAGGAGAAUGAAUCAAAUGGAGUAUUGGGUCGUUUGAAAAAGGAAAGGAUGAGGAAGAGGAGGAAUAGGGAGAAAAAUAGGGUCAAUGCUUUGGAGAAUAGUGAUGUAUGUAAAAAGAUGGAUGACCAGCUUGCUGUCAAUGUAAGUUUAUCUCAGGAAAUUUGCCAAGGAAAGGAGGGAAAUAGCAUGGAUAACCCCUCAAACAGGUUAAAUUCAUCUAUUGAUGGUCACAUGGCAUAUGGCAGGGAAUUCAGAAAAGAGGAUCUCAACUCUGUUAAACAAGCUGUGGAAUUGAAAAAUGUAAAGGAAAGUUCCCUCAUUUCAAAAAAGGAAAGUGAUUCUUGGAGGAGUAAAAAUACUUCUGUGCUGAACACACGGGCUCUUACUACUUUCAAAGGAAAGGAAUCUUUAAAAGGAUUUGACAGGAAAAGGAGGAAGUGCUUCUCUGGAAUUAACUCAGAACCCAUCAAGGAUAAUAUGAAACAGGUUUCAUUUGACCAUAAAGAAAAGGAACAUAAAAAUGGGUUCUCAGAGAAUCAGUUAACUGUGACAGAAGAGAAGGAUGUUGCCUCUGAACAGGUUAUGGAGGAGACAUCUGCACGAAAUCUAGCCCACUUAUCUGCACUUAAGGAAUGUAGGAAAAGAAUGAAAAGGAAGUUGAAUGAGGCUUCUAGAGGAAAUAGUUUAAUGAAGGGUAUGUCACAAACUGCAAGCAAUAAGUCAUUGGAAAAGGUUUAUCAUCCUAGUAGAAAGCUGCUAGUACUUGAUUUGAAUGGAAUUCUUGUAGAUGUUGUUAACGGUGGAAAGAAGCCAGACAUUAGAGUAUCAGCAAAAUCAGUUUACAAGAGGCCAUUUUGCGAUGAUUUCCUCUCAUUUUGUUUUGAGAGAUUCAAUGUGGGUGUCUGGUCAUCAAGACGCGAGAAAAAUGUGACGAAAUUGGUUAAUUUUAUUUUUGGGGAAUCAAAACAAAAUCUGCUUUUCUGUUGGAAUCAGAAACACUGUACUGAAACAAGAUUUAAAACUAUUGACAAGCCAAGGAAACCCCUUGUUUUAAAGGAACUAAGGAAAUUGUGGGAGAAGUGGAAUCCUAAUUUCCCAUGGGAGAUGGGAGAGUGUAAUGAAUCAAACACAUUAUUAUUGGAUGAUUCUCCUUACAAGGCUUUGCGUAAUCCAGUACACACUGCUAUAUUUCCAUAUCCCUAUGACCACAAUAACGUUGAAGAUUUUUCUUUAGGGUCUGGAGGGGACAUUCGGGUAUAUCUUGAAGGAAUAGCUGCAGCAGAGAGUGUUCAAAAUUAUGUUAAGCAAAACCCAUUUGGUCAACCAGCUAUAACAGAGUCAGAUCCGUCUUGGCAUUUCUAUCUUAAAGUUAUAGGCACUACUCAAAAUAAAGGUCAUCAUAAGUUUGAUACCACAGAUCCUCCAUGAUGGUAGAAGUGUGAGUGUGACUGUUAUUGGUAUUUCAUUGUAAAGACCAACAACUGAUAACUACUCAUGCUAACAAACUCAAGCUUGAGUUUUUGACAGCCAAUGGUGGAUUUUGGUUUAGGUCGUUUCAAUUAGAUAACUUGAAGAACCCUUCCCCAGUGUUAUUUUAAUCCAAGGCAAUGUUAUCUAAUCCGCCUGAAGGGAUCAUCUAUCUGCUAGAGCAGAACAAAUGAAUGUCGAAGCAUUGUCAGAUUGGUUCAUAUCAUUUGUUCCUGGUAGUUAGUUUGCUUAUUGGGAUGACAUUCUUUUCUAUUCCCAAUAUGAACUUAGUUUAGAAUCAUAUUCUCAGUUAUUUACCAACAAGAAUUUGAUUGAGUCGGUACCUAUUAAUUUAAAAAUCUUGAUUUGGGGUCUAGGUUAGAAAGUCAAACUUUGUAUUGCCAAACAAUUAACCCACCAAUGCACUGAAAUAAAAAUCUCAGUUAUUUUCAAGUUUGGCAACUCUUUUAGUGAGAACAUAUGGAAUUUUCCUCAUAGGAGAGAACAUUCUUUUCCUAGCACCACCUAGGAGUCUGCUAUAAGUGUUUUCAUAUGUCUGUACUUUUUCAUGAAUCAAUUACAUCGACAUAU